UAGGUGGCGGUAAAGCACCUUAACGUUUUUUGCCAACCGCCAAAAAAUAACUAAGAAGAAGAAGAAGAAGAACCCGGAAGUGAAGCUGCUCCGGUCGGUCGGUUGUUUGUUUGUGUUCUCCCGGUCCUCCCUCGCUGUAAACCCAGAACCAUGGCGGUGAGCUCGGUCCACCUGGAGUCCGACGCCUUCCUGGUGUGCAUGAACCACGCGCUGAGCACCGAGAAGGAGGAGGUGAUGGGUCUGUGCAUCGGGGAGGUGGAGCCGUCCCGGAUCGUCCACAUCCACUCCGUCAUCAUCCUCCGCCGCUCCGACAAGCGGAAGGACCGGGUGGAGAUCUCCCCGGAGCAGCUGUCCGCCGCCUCCACCGAGGCGGAGCGGCUGGCCGACACCAGCGGCCGGCCGAUGCGGGUGGUCGGCUGGUACCACUCGCACCCGCACAUCACCGUGUGGCCGUCGCACGUGGACGUGCGGACCCAGGCCAUGUACCAGAUGCUGGACCAGUGCUUCGUGGGCCUCAUCUUCUCCUGCUUCAUCGAGGACAAGAACACCAGGACGGGCCGGGUCCUGUACACCUGCUUCCAGUCCGCGCAGGCGCAGAAGGGCUCCGAGUACGAGCGCGUGGAGAUCCCCGUKCACGUGGUGCCGCGCGAGGCCAUCGGGAAGGUGUGCCUGGAGUCCGCCGUGGAGCUGCCCCGGAUCCUGUGCCAGGAGGAGCAGGACACGUACCGGAAGAUCCACAGCCUGGCGCACCUGGACCCGGUCACCAAGAUCCACAACGGCUCGGUGUUCACCAAGAACCUGUGCAGCCAGAUGUCCGCGGUCAGCGGGCCCCUGCUGCAGUGGCUGGAGGACCGGCUGGACCAGAACCGGCAGAGCGUCCUGGACCUGCAGCGGGAGAAGGACAGGCUGCUGCUGGAGCUGGCUGCUCUGUGAGCCGGGAGGGGGACCCCGGAGGACCCGGACCUCAGCCGAGACUCACGUCUCUGCAGGACCCCAUCUGGGUUUACUGGACUUCCUGUUUAUCCUGGUCCUCAUGGACUUUGUGUCUGCAGGACCUGAUCUGGUCCUCUUAGACCUCCUUUUUCUGUUGGACUCUGUUCAAACUGGACCUCAAGACCACCAGACUUUAGUGUUUCCAGUUCCUUUAUUUAAAACCAGACUUUCAAACCGUUUGGUUCUUGGUUCUGACCCGGGUUCUCCAUGUUUUCUUUCUUAACCCUCCUGUGAUCCUUAAAACUGGACUCAGUCCUCAGACCUGGACGGUCUCAGUCCUCAGACCUGGACAGUCUCAGUCCUCAGACCUGGUCGGUCUCAGUCCUCAGACCUGGACCGUCUCAGUCCUCAGACCUGGACCGUCUCAGUCCUCAGACCUGGACCGUCUCGGUCCUCAGACCUGGUUGGUCUCAGCAGGAUCUCUUCAGUAAAAUGUGUUUUGAUCUGUUAAAAAUCUGAAAGUCCAGGACCUGGAUCUACAGAUCUACAGAUCCUCCUCAGACCUUCAUGUUUUAUUUAAGGACCUUUAAAAAUAAAAAAGUUUAAAUUGAACAGAAACUGAAACGUCUCAACAUUAAACCUGUUUCAGUUUUUAUUGAAUUAAAACUAAAUAUUU